GGCCGCUCGGCUCAUUCUUUCUCUCAAUGUUUUGUCAUACUUUUUUUUUGGAGGCGAUUAUUGAAUGUGUGUGUUUUGAGUGUUGAAUAACAAAAAAAAGCCGAGCGCCGCUAACGAGCAGCAAAAGAGCAAAAAAAAAGUUGUUGAUACAGCUGCUUAUGAUUAUCGAUAUUAUCAUUUAAGAAUCGGAUUGAUAAUAAUUUCGAUGAUCAUGAGCAUAAAGUUGUGAAUGUUUUAAUUAAAAAUUUUUCGACCUUAAUAAUCAAUUAACAUUGUUUUUUAACAUCAUCAUCAUAUUUAAAGAUUUUAUUAAUAUUCGAAAAUGAAAUCUCGAAGUAAAGCACAUUCAUCGUCAUCAUCAUCAACAACGGCGGCUGCAAUGGCAAAAUCAACAUCAUUUGGAUCGACAACAACAGCGGCUGCCGUUAGUGUGACAAAAUUUGGUCAGGCAACAUUCACGUCUGUUCGUCAUCGGCAACAAGAUAAUAAUGAAAAUGGUAAUUAUGUACCGUUGAAAAAAACUAAAUAUGAACAUCAUGAUCCAAUGGAUGAUCUGAUAAUGAUGAAAAUGGAUCGAAAACCGGCCGCAUCGGUUCGUGGUAAUACAAAUACCGAUUGUUCGAAUGCCGAAAACAAAUCAGCCGAAACAAAGCCUAAAGUUUAUAAAUUUUUCAAAUCUCGAGCAUCAGCUACAACAUCAGCAUCGUCGGCAAAUACAAACAAUUCAUCAAUGGCUUCCGGGCAACAAUCCAAUAAUUCUACAUCGAAUAGUUCACGAUUAUCAUCAUCAGCAACAAAUCGUUCACCAUCAAUUGUAUUGAACAAUUUUUCCAAUCAAAAACAACAAAGGAUAACAACAUAUAGUGGACGAAUUAAAUCUUCUGGUAGUAAUAAUAAUGUUAAUAAUAAUUCGAUUCAAUCCAAAUCAAUCAGCAUGACCGAUAGUAAAUCGUGUGAGAUAAAAAUAUGUGGCGAUAAAACAAUCAAAAAAAUUAUAUCACCAAACAAGGUGACCGAAUUUCAUAUACGUAACAAUAAUUCGAAUGUACGAAAUGCAACAAUUAAACCAUUACAGACAACUCAUACUGUACAAACAUUUUCACCAUCCGAUGCAAGUCGUGGUAUUCGUUCAUCACGAAGAUUAAAAGGAAUUGAACCGGAACAAGUAAAUAAUUCACAAAGAUCAUCAUCAAGUAUUCAUUUUGUAUAUGAGAAAAAAUCAUCGAAUCUUACGACAACGAUUGACGAAAUAAUCGAAAAUGAUGAUGAAAAUCAAUUACAAGAUUCUGUUGAACAAGAGCCACAAAAUGAAGAAGAAAUAGAAAUAGAAAAAUCUCCUAAAGUUAUCGAGGAAUCUAAUGAAAAUCAUUCUGAAACUAUUAUCAAUGGAAAGGAAAUUGAGCCAAAUUCAGGUGAAACGGAAAUUGUUCCAUCACCAACGCCAAUCAUUUCGACAGAUAAUGAUAACGUUCAUAUCAAUGAAUCAAUUAAGUCUGAUGAAAAAAAUUAUGACAUUCAAACUGAAACCAUUACAAAUCAGAAUAGUCAAAAUACUCAAGAAUCAGAAUGCUUAAAUAUGGCGAAAAUCGACACAACAAAUAACGAUGUAACUGAUUCACAACAAAAUGAUCAAUCACAACCAUCAUCAUCAUCAUCAUCAUCGAUCACGACGACGCUGCUAGAAACAAAACCUGAUGAUGAAAAACAACAAGUAGCACCUUUACCCGUUGUUAGACCACCUAAAAAGAAAAUCUUUUCACAUCGUGAACAUCGUAAUAAAAUUGAAUUUGAUGCUAAAAAAUUCUUCAGUUCUGAAUUAAAAGAUGAAUUUGAUGAUGAAAUUAAAAAAACGGCAACAACAACCGAACAAGAAAAGAAAUCAUCCGAUAAUGAUGUCAAUGAUGAUACUUAUGUUAAAUUGAAGCGAAUUAAGAAAGCACACCAAUGUCAUGAAUUAGGUGAAACCGAACAAUUUGAUGAAGAUAUUAAAUACUAUCUUAGUGGAAUCAUUUCAUCGAAUCCAAAUUCAAUGCGAUGUUUAAGUAUUGUAGGGUUAACACAACAAACAAUGCGACCAGAAUUUCGAAUGCAUUUACGUGCUCAUGAUGAUAUGCCAAGAAUCAUAAAAGCAUUGAUGGAUGCACCACAAGAUUCAAAUCUUGCCCUUUGUACAGCCUGCUUAAUGUUUGUCUAUAAUCAAGAUCGAUUAACAAUGGAUAUUGAUCCAAAUGCAUUAUCAUUGAUGUUGGAAUUGUUGGAAACCAGAUCCGAUGAAUGUAAUCAAGUUGAAGAGAAACAUCGUAUUAAAAUACGAUCAUUGGUUGAAGAGAUGAAAAACAAAGGCCAUGCUCAAUAUCUAAAAUUGAAUGAAAUAACGGCUGGUAAAUUAGCUAUGGAAACAUUGUUAGGUCUAACAUCGAAACGUGCAGGAGAUUGGUUCAAAGUUGAAUUACGUCGUAUGAAAGGUAUUGAUUUUAUCGUUAACACUGUUAUACGAUGUGCCGAAAAACAUACAGAAGAAGGACAGAUAGUUAAAAUUGAUCGCUGUAUGCAUGUAUUGGAAAAUGUUACAUUCAACAAUGUAGAAAAUCAGCUUUAUGUUGCUAAUUAUAAUGAAAGCAAAUUCAUAUCAACUUGUAUCAGCCUGUUGAUAGAAUGCAAACAAAGAGUUAUCGAAUCGAAUGAAUCCAAAGUUUAUUUGUCGGCAUUUUUCUCCAUUCUUCGUGUAUUGACUAAUCUUACUUCCGAGAGUGUUGACGGUUGUAAAAUUGUCGGUAAAUUUGAUGGUGUUAUACAAUUAUUAUUGGAUUCAUUAUUCGAAUUACCAUCAUUUAUUAUGUCUGAUCAACGUUUUGACCUGAUGGUCAUUAUUAUUUGUCUUUGUAUUAAUUUGGCUGAAUUUUGUGAACAUAUAAGAGAUAUAAUAAUGACAUCGGAAACGAAAAACUAUCUUGGAAAAUUAUGCGAUUUACUUUUCAAAAAGAUUGAAGAAGCCGUACAAGUUGAACAACAAACCGAUCAUUUAUUGGAAUCACAUGAAACUGUACAAAUGACUGAAGCAAUGCAAGAUAAUCUUUUGAUGCAAAUGAUAAGCAAAUCUGGUACACAUAUGGAAUACAGUCUUUUAUCUGCAUGUGUUUGUCUAUUACUUGGCUGUUGUAUACAGGAUAAUGAUCAGUUUAGACAAUCGUUGUCAAAUAUAUUACCUGAUCAUUCAUUUAAACCAUUAAUUGAAGAAUUGAAAAAACUUCGAGAUUUUGCCCAUCUAGCCGAUAUAAUGACGCAAAAAGGAAAAGAAAGAGUACAAAAAAUUUUGCAAUUGUUUGAAUCUUGUAAUAAUAAAACAACGAAUCAAUCAACAUUGAAUGAUACGUCAAUUAUUGAUGAAGAUGAUGAUGAGCCUAUCGCUUCUGUUCCUGAGGAUGAUGGUGAUGACGAUGAUGACAAUGAGAAUGUGAAUGGUAAUGAUGCAGAUAGUAUGAUGAUUGAUUGAUUAUUAUUGUGCACAUGAACUCGUAAUUUAUUACAUGCCAUUUUAUAUUAUCGAUUGUCUUUUAAUUAUUUACAAUUAGCAUUAAUUUUAUUUUAUAUCAUAUUUACCAAUUCCACGAUCAUCAUCAACACUAGACGCAAACAUUCAGGUCAUUACAUAAUAUUACAACAAAAUCGAUUUGAUUUUAUAAUUACUUUUUCAUCAUUUGAUUUCUUUUCUAAACUGUU